AUGUGGUCCACCUUCUUUCUGCACGAAGCGGAUGGCAGGCCGAUUCCACCAGGGGUGGGAGUAGGACCAGGAGCAGGUCCCCUUGGACUGACCGGUGUUAUGGGUGGCAGAGGGGCUGGGGCUGGUGCUAUGGGAGUUAAGCGCCGGGCAAAAGCGUCAACAUCGGGACGCCCAGGGGGCAUGAGCGAGGUCCAGGAGGGCAAGAUCAAGCUGGCGUUCUUCGUGGCCAUCGUGGGUGUGGUAUUGACUGUCUUGGGCUUGGGCACAGAGUAUUGGGUGGAGCUGUCCCCGCCCAAGAACUUCUACAACAACCAGACGUGUCUGGUGGCCCACUACGGGCUGUGGAAAGGAUGCACCCAGACUCUGUGGGUGGCGGACAUAGACCCUGAGCGAGAGAGCUGUGGGCCGGCUGAACUGCCAGGAGGUGACUGCUCUGGGGCUGCAUGAAUAGGCCUACAUCACAUUGUGUAAACCAAACAGCAUCCACUCAAACUCAUACAUUCCAAACUAUACAUAACCACCUAUCAGAAAUCACAGACCCAUUUUUUGCAUACCGGCAAAUUGUGUAAACCAAACAGCAUUCAUUCAAUCUCGUACAUUCAAAACUAUACAAAACACUCUCUUGAGAAAUCCUAUGGACCCUUUUAUGCCAGAUUUUAAAGGGGUAGUUCAGCCAAAUUUCAUGAUUUCAAGGCCAGAAGAGACAAUUAUGAUUUCAUUACAUAGCUAUAGCCCCCACCGUUAGAUACAGCUAGGUAUCAGGUAUUUGUAUUGUGUCCACAAUCCAAUCACUGGAUGCAGGUGUAGACUGGUUAUCAGGUGUAGACUGUGUCACAGAUGGACUGCAACAUACAUUUACAUUCUGUAGGGAUAGAUGCUUAUCUUGAACUAGCACACGUAUUACUCUCAAAUACUGUACUAAAAUGGCAUACUAGAGAAGGCAGUGCUGCAGUAUAUUUUUAUGAUAGUCUAUAUGUAGGAUAAACUACAUGUAUUAGAAUACAAGAUGCCAUAACACUAAUUGCAUAGAAGAGAUAGCAACCUUGGUAUUGUCAUCGAUGUGCAUGAAUGUAUAAUAAUUAGUGUGCAGCAAGCCGUAUGAAUCUCAAUAAGAUUAUGGUGAUGUGCAAGUGGAUAAGGUCUCCAUCUGUUUCAAAUAAGUUCCUUGUCUCUCCCUAUCUCCUUAAGAAUCUAACUGCACCUACUUCAAGUUUUACACCACUGGAGAGAAUGCAGUCAUCUUCCAGAAGACAACAGAAAAGAGUGAGUUAGCUUGUCCCCUGCCCUCUUUCAACCUACAGUAAGGGAAAAAAGUAUUUGAUCCCCUGCUGAUUAUGUACGUUUGCCUACUGACAAAGACAUGAUCAGUCUAUAAUUUUAAUGGUAGGUUUAUUUGAACAGUGAAAGACAGAAUAACAACAACAAAAUCCAGAAAAACACAUGUCAAAAAUGUUAAAAAUUGAUUUGCAUUUUAAUGGGGGAAAUAAGUAUUUGACCCCCUCUCAAUCAGAAAGAUUUCUGGCUCCCAGGUGUCUUUUAUACAGGUAACGAGUUGAGAUUAGGAGCACACUCUUAAAGGGAGUGCUCCUAAUCUCAGUUUGUUACCUGUAUAAAAGACACUUGUCCACAGAAGCAAUCAAUCAAUCAGAUUCCAAACUCUCCACCAUGGCCAAGACCAAAGAGCUCUCCAAGGAUGUCAGGGACAAGAUUGUAGACCUACACAAGGCUGGAAUGGGAUACAAGACCAUCGCCAAGCAGCUUGGUGAGAAGGUGACAACAGUUGGUGCGAUUAUUCGCAAAUGGAAGAAACACAAAAUAACUGUCAAUCUCCCUCGGCCUGGGACUCCAUGCAAUAUCUCACCUCGUGGAGUUGCAAUGAUCAUGAGAACGGUGAGGAAUCAGCCCAGAACUACACGGGAGGAUCUUGUCAAUGAUCUCAAGGCAGCUGGGACCAUAGUCACCAAGAAAACAAUUGGUAACACACUACGCCAUGAAUGACUGAAAUCCUGCAGCGCCCGCAAGGUCCCUCUGCUCAAGAAAGCGCAUAUACAUGCCCGUCUGAAGUUUGCCAAUGAACAUCUGAAUGAUUCAGAGGAGAACUGGGUGAAAGUGUUGUGGUCAGAUGAGACCAAAAUCGAACUCUUUGGCAUCAACUCAACUCGCCGUGUUUGGAGGAGGAGGAAUGCUGCCUAUGACCCCAAGAACACCAUCCCCACCUUCAAACAUGGAGGUGGAAACAUUAUGCUUUGGGGGUGUUUUUCUGCUAAGGUGACAGGACAACAUCACCUCAUCAAAGGGACGAUGGACAGGGCCAUGUACCGUCAAAUCUUGGGUGAGAACCUCCUUCCCUCAGCCAGGGCAUUGAAAAUGGGUCGUGGAUAUGUAUUCCAGCAUGACAAUGACCCAAAACACACGGCCAAGGCAACAAAGGAGUGGCUCAAGAAGAAGCACAUUGAGGUCCUGGAGUGGCCUAGCCAGUCUCCAGACCUUAAUCCCAUAGAAAAUCUGUGGAGGGAGCUGAAGGUUCGAGUUGCCAAACGUCAGCCUCAAAACCUUAAUGACUUGGAGAAGAUCUGCAAAGAGGAGUGGGACAAAAUCCCUCCUGAGAUGUGUGCAAACCUGGUGGCCAACUACAAGAAACGUCUGACCUCUGUGAUUGCCAACAAGGGUUUUGCCACCAAGUACUAAGUCAUGUUUUGCAGAGGGGUCAAAUACUUAUUUCCCUCAUUAAAAUGCAAAUCAAUUUAUAACAUUUUUGACAUGCGUUUUUCUGGAUUUUUGUGUUGUUAUUCUGUCUCUCACUGUUCAAAUAAACCUACCAUUAAAAUUAUAGACUGAUCAUUUCUUUGUCAGUGGGCAAACGUACAAAAUCAGCAGGGGAUCAAAUACUUUUUUCUCUCACUGUAUGUCCCACCUUGCCCACCCACACGCUUUCUUUCUUCCUCGAGUCUGUCAUCUAUGUUUCACUGGGUCAGCCAUUGACUGCAGUGAGUGUCUAAAAUGUAUUCCUCCUACUCCUUUUCCGUUAUAGCAUUGAAGUCAGUAAGACAGUGUUUCUUUGUGGGUCCAUGGGGACCAAUUGUGAAAUCCUGUUUUUUUCUCGAGCUCUAAACCAGAGGUGUCAUGCACCACAUUUUUUAAGAGGGCACUGAUGGCCAAAUUCAAUAUCUUUGGAUUUAUUAUGCGCAAAAGAAACAAUAUCUUCUGUAUUUGUUCUUAGUUUGGGAAUGAUGCCAUAUAUGCCAGGAGUGUGACAUUUAACAUUUAUAUUAUCCUCUAGGCAAGUCAGAGGUGAAUAUCUGUUAGAAUUAUAAGUGGAUGCCAUGACCUUUACCUUUUUUAUAGAUUGCCAUUUUGAAGAAGGUUUUACUUAUGUGGUUGUGUUACUUACCUUAGUUGAAUGCCCUCAUUGCAAGUCGCUCUGGAUAAGAGAGUCUGCUAAAUGACUCAAAUGUAAUUGUACCUGGUGCCAGUGUACUAUGAAAAGUGGAAUGUACCUGUAUCAAGACAAUAACCGUUUCUCUCUUCCCAGGUCUGAAUGUGGCGGCAGCCAUGAUGGCCCUCUUCGGUCUCUUCCUGAUGGUCAUGGGGGCCAUAUGCAUCACCACAGCCCUCAGCAAAGGAGAAUCGUUCUUCCUCAAGCCUGCUUCGGUUUGCUUCAUUCUGUCAGGUGAGUGAGUAGAUAUAUGAUAGCCAAGGUAAUAUAAACUGAGUGGACAUAACAUUAAGAACACCUGCUCCUUCCAUGUCAUAAAAAUGUUUUGUACACUCAGUGUAUAACUACAAUGGUUAAAUGUCACAUAUCUAAUGAGAACAUGGGAAGAUCUCAUUCUCAAUUGCAUACUCCUCGCGUUCUCUCCUCGUCUCCUUUUCAAAACCCAUUUGGGACAAAUCAUUCACUAAACUAAAUCUUGUAAUUAAUAUUGUGUAAAUUGAGCAAGUUGAGGAGACUGAACUGCUUGGAAUAACCUUGGAUUGUAAACUGUCAUGGUCAAAACAUAUUGAUACAACAGUAGCUAGGAUGGGGAGAAGUCUGUCUAUAAUAAAGCGCUGCUCUGCAUUCUUAACAGCACUAUCAACAAGGCAGGUCCUACAGGCCCUAGUUUUGUCGCACCUGGACUACUGUUCAGUCGUGUGGUCAGGUGCCACAAAGAGGGACUUAGGAAAAUUGCAAUUGGCUCAGAACAGGGCAGCACGGCUGGCCCUUGGAUGUACACAAUCUCUCCUGGCUCAAAGUGGAGGAGAGAUUGACUUCAUCGCUACUUGUAUUUGUGAGAGGUAUAUUGACAUGUUGAAUGCACCGAGCUGUCUGUUUGAACUACUGGCACACAGCUCGGACACCCAUGCAUACCCCACAAGACAUGCCACCAGAGGUCUCUUCACAGUCCCCAAGUCCAGAACAGACUACGGGAGGCGCACAGUACUACAUAGAGCCAUGACUACAUGGAACUCUAUUCCACAUCAAGUAACUCAUGCCAGCAGUAAAAUUCGAUUUUAAAAACAGAUAAAAAUACACCUUAUGGAACAGCGGGGACUGUGAAGCAACACAAACAUAGACAAAUGCAUACAAACACAUGAUAACAUACACACUAUACACACAUGUACACAUGGAUUUUGUGUUAUAGAUAUGUGGUAGUAGAGUAGAGGCCUGAGGGCACACACUUAAUAUGUUGUGAAAUAUGUUAUGAAAGUAUUGUAAUGAUUUUAAAAUGUACACUACUGUUCAAAAGUUUGGGGUCACUUAGAAAUGUCCUUGCUUUCGAAAGAAAAGCAAUUUUUUUGUCCAUUAAAAUAACUUAAAAUUGAUCAGAAAUACAGUGUAGACAUUGUUAAUGUUGUAAAUGGCUAUUGUAGCUGGAAACGGCUGAUUUUUUAUGGAAUAUCUGCAUAGGCGUACAGAGGCCCAUUAUCAGCAACCAUCAGUACUGUGUUCCAAUGGCACGUUGUGUUUGGCUGACGAUGCCUUCCUAGGUUUCUCGUAUGCACCACCCUCAGACGACUCCUUUCUAUGAAAGACUCGCUGUGAGGACCUGCCCCAGAGUUCUGUGAAAUUGCUUUAACUCAGUGUUCUUCUAUCAUGGUCCUGUUGAUCCGCAGGGUGUGCAGGCUUUUGUUCCAGCCCAGUAGACCUUAUCGAUUAGUUUAAUCAUGUGUGUUAGUGCUGGGCUGGAACGAAACCCUGCUGGUCUACAGGAUCAGGACUGAAGAACACUGCCUUAACCUGUACUGAUUCUUUUAAAUAAAAGGGAAUUCAUAUUGUGGAUGAACCCGUUUUGAGAAAAGCUAAAGCGAGCAGAAGUUGUGAUCAGACAGCACUUAUGAAUAUGGUUUGGCCUGCAGAGUGUUUGUCAAGAAAUCUUUAUUUUUACCUAAUUAUAUUUAUAUAACAGAUUAUAUUUUAAAGAAAUGUCGGCCAUCUUUCUUGACACGUAUUGUUUGUUGAUCCACGUAAAGUGGAGUCAAUGUUGGUCCUUUGUUUGAAGAAAAUAUAAACAUUCACAGUGUCUUCUUGUCAGGGUGGGAUGGUUAAACUAAUCCCCAAAAUAAAAUCCAACUUUAGAGACCCAUACACAAAAAUGUAUGCACGCAUGGCUGUAAGUCGCUUUGGAUAAAAGCGUCUGCUAAGUGGCAUAUUAUUAUUAUUAUUAUUAUUAUUAUUAUUAUUAUUUGCUAAUCCAAGUUUAUCAUUUUAAAAGGCUAAUUGAUAAUUAGAAAACCCUUUUGCAAUUAUGUUAGCACAGCUGAAAACUGUUGUGCUGAUUAAAUAAGCAAUAAAACUGGCCUUCUUGAGACUAGUUGAAUAUCUGGAGCAUCAGCAAUUGUGGGUUCGAUUACAGGCUCAAAAUGGCCAGAAAAAAAUAACUUUCUUCUGAAACUCGUCAGUCUAUUCUUGUUCUGAGAAAUGAAGGCUAUUCCAUGUGAGAAAUUGCCAAGAAACUGAAGAUAGCUUACAAUGCUGUGUACUACUCCCUUCACAGAACAGUGCAAACUGGCUCUAACCAGAAUAGAAAGAGGAGUGGGAGGCCCCGGUGCACAACUGAGCAAGAGGACAAAUACAUUAGAGUGUCUAGUUUGAGAAACAGACACCUCACAGGUCCUCAACUGGCAGCUUCAUUAAAUAGUACCCGCAAAACACCAGUCUCAACGUCAACAGUGAAGAGGCGACUCCGGGAUGCUGACCUUCUAGGCAGAGUUGCAAAGAAAAAGCCAUAUCUUAGACUGCCCAUCUUAAUAUUUUAUUUUUAUUGGUCAGUCUAAGAUAUGGCUUUUUCUUUGCAACUCUGCCUAGAAGGUCAGCAUCCUGGAGUCGUGGAGAGAAUGCAAUCGAGAUCUUCCCCAUGUUGCAGAGAGUUAGGAGUCAGUUAGGAGUCAACCUGUGCAUGCAGCAAAAACAAAACAAAGCUACCGGUACUCAACAUAAUUUAAAAAAAAUCUAAAAACAUAUAGCCAUUAUUCAAGUAUAUCAAGGGAGCUCACUAAUUAGAUACACAGGGCAUUAGUCAUGGCACCUGUCCAGUCCUGAUAUACUCGGAGGCUCUGGGAAGUGGAUGAGGAAAAGGUCACAGAUAUCAAUACCACCUCCACCAUCCCAUCAGUAAGAUGUAUUUACCAACUCCACACACACCAAGCCCCUGAUAUCUCUCUCUUUUGUUCUUCGUCCCUCUCUUUCUCUCUCUUUUUCUCUAUCACUCUAUCCUUCUCUCUCUUAGGCCUCCUGAUGCUCCUAUCUCUUACUGUUUUCAACCAAUCGGUCCUCUCCUUCCUAGCCAGUGACCACUCAGUGCCUUUGCAUCACGAGCUAUCUUGGUCAGUGUCCUGUAUUGGGUGUGCAGGGGCCAUGCUUCUUUUGGGCGGAAUCCUCUUUCUCUUGCUUGCACUACCAUUCAGCCCCUGGCGAAGGUGUUUUCCCCCAAAAAAUGAAAGUGACAGCUAG